AUGGCAUUAACAGUUGAAAGGUGCAGUCGGAAAACAAAAUCCCAAGAUUAUUCAUGGAGCUAUGAUGACACAGGAGGAAGUGAAAUAAAAACUGGCCCUUGGACAGCUGAAGAAGAUUUGAUGGUUAUAAAGUUAGUUAAUAAAUACGGACCUCAGAAGUGAAGUCACAUUGCUAAAAGUCUCCCUGGAAGAAUCGGAAAGCAAUGCAGAGAAAGAUGGCAUAACCAUUUGAAUCCAAACAUUAGAAAAGAACAGUGGAGUGAGGACGAAGAAUGGCUUUUAUUUCUCUAUCAUAAGAUGAUGGGGAAUAGAUGAGCCGAGAUCGCAAAAAUUCUGAAAGGAAGAACAGACAAUUCAAUCAAAAACCAUUGAAAUUCAUCUAUGAAAAAACUUAUUCCUGAAUUUACAGCGCGGUAUAAUAACUUGAUAAGAGAUCAUUUAUAUACCGACCCAAAACACAUUUGUUCUACCCAACAAGUAGAAGAAAAAGGAAAAAGAAAAAGAGGAAGAAAGUCGACCAACGACAGUUCAGAUUUUCCUAAAGUUCCUUGCAUGCAGGCACAUAAUCAAAUUUUGUCUAAUGCAAUUGAGGGAUAUCAAAAUUUAGUAUACAGCUAUAUUGAAGAAACUAGAAAGGAAAACUUAUCAAUUACGCCUUUGCCAAAAAAAAGAAGAAAAUUCUUGGAUGUUACUCCUAUGAAUUCUGCUUAUAGCGAUUUAUCUGUGAUAGAAGAUACUGCGCUGAUGUUCACCCCUACAGAGUCGCCGCCAAGAAACCAGAUUUUGUCUCCUUGCUUUAUAAAUGAUAAUUAUGAAAGCACAGCAAAGUUUAGCCAACUGAAAAGUCCAGAAGUAGGGAGAAAUAAGUCUUCUGCUUCUUAUAUUCUUUUUGAAAGUCCAAGCUACAUGCUCAGUUUGACUCCAAGGACAUUUAAUAUUUAA